AUGGCGGCCAUUUAUGACACAAACUGGAGGAAUGCGUCCAUUGGAGCUUGUCGCAUCGGGUUUGGAGAAUCAGAUGCUAAAUUUGAGCUGGCUUGCAUGAUUGGAGCAAUUUGGGUUGCGGUUGCGGGUAAUAGAUCCUGGUGCUACCUUGGUCGCAAGAGAUUGCAGGAAAAGGAAGAAGAACAAGUUGAAGGAACUGAUUACCUCGUCUGGGCAGGAUAUUCAUAUUGGACUCUUGGUUAUCUUCUCAGUGGCCAGGGAGCAAAGAAACUGAUUGCACAAGAUCCUCUUUCAAACAUUAUUCCUGUGGAUGAAUAUUUGCCUAUUCUUUAUGAUAAACAUCCUGAGGAAGAAUGGAAUAAAUUUUUCCCUAUUCGCAAUUUGAUUGCCCUUUCGGUGGAACCUCUUGUAUUAUAUCCAGCAUGGUACCUCCACGAAGAGGGCUAUGUUAGUGAUACUGAAGAUUCUCCAACAAUUACUACCACUCCUCGAACUGAACUUUAA